CCUGUCAAAGUGAGCAAACAAGUGUUUUGUUUCCGUGUGCGUAACCACGGCCCCGCCCAUUAUAAUAAUACAAGGAACAAGGAAACACCUGCUGCCGCUGCGCAUCUUUCACUCGAGUCCACGAACUACUUUCAUACACAGGACAUCACCAUGUCUGAGGGUAAAACAGUCACGUUGAAGCCUGUGGACCUGGUAGAACCAGAACCAGGCUUCUCAUCCUCUCACCUAGACCCCGCCGAUACCUCCUAUCAACCCCCUGCUUUAGAUAAGACACCGGGUCAGCCAGACCUCCAAGGCCUGGACAGUGGACACCCGGGGACAGAGGAAAAAGGCCCUGUUGGCCCUACUACACCUGGGACUCAGGGGAAUCGAUGGACCUCAACACUGGACCAGUUUAAACUGAAGCGGUUCUUCGUCUUGAGGCCAGGGACCAUGGACCAAGCUCUUGAGGACAUCAAGGCUCUGGUCAAUCAGAAUGAGGAUGGCGAUGUCCAUGGCGUCUGGCUGAUGGCCGAGGUCGACCAUUGGAACAACGAGAGAGAGCGUGUGGUGCUGAUCACAGACAGCUCUCUGCUGAUCUGUAAGUACGACUUCGUCAUGCUCAACUGUGAACACAUACAGAGAAUCCCUCUCAACUUUGUGGACCGCAUCACCCACGGCAACUUCAGCUUCCCCCAGCGGUCUCUUCUCACGAGAGAGGGAGAGGGUGUGCGUGUGCUCUGGGACCGGCUAAGGGAACCCUCGUUCUUGUCUAAAUGGAACCCGUUCACUACAGACUACCCAUUCAGCACCUUUACCUACCACCCUGUCAGGAACAUAGACCACAGGUUCACUGCUCUCUGUGAGAGAAACCACACCAGACUGUUCAACAGUAAUAAGCAGCGGGUGUCCACUGUGUUAGUAACCUCCUGCUGGGUGUUGGCGAGAAGCGGCAAUUCAAAUGAGUCUUCUAGAAAUGAACAGAAAAUGACGGAUAAUGUUCUUUGGUCAGAGAUCCAGAGUUUCCGUGAGCAGCUGACGGAGGCAGCCCAGAAGGCCCACCUGAAGCAGCCCAUCCCUGGGAAGGCCAACGGAGUCCUGGUGCUGAACCAGCCCCUGCUCAUCGAGUCCUACGUGGGUCUGAUGUCCUUCAUCGGGAACCAGAACAAGCUGGGAUACUGCCUGGCACGGGGAAACAUCGGCUUUUAAACAAUGCUUUAGCUAGAAUCUUUGAAUGUACAUCACUACUUGAUUACUUAAUCAUAGUUUGUAGUUGUAGUUUACAUAGUUUACAGUUGUAGUUACAGAUCAGAUAAAUAUUUUUAAUCUGGUGUCUAGUCUUUCCUUGGUCAUUCGCUCUCUGAUUUUAACUAAGCUUUAACUAGACUACAAUUUCUACUUCGUUUCUUUUUGUUUCUUUGUUUGCAAUCAUUUUUGCCUAUUUACAGAUUUGAAGUAGUUUUUUUAAUCAUUUAAUAGUUGGAAGGAUAUGUUUUGAUGCUAACUUAAAAUGUAUUUUCAGAGGUCAAUUUUGAAAAUGUUUGGGGUUUGUUAGUUUACUUUCCUUUUAGUAGAAAAGUGUUCAUGUCUAAAUGUCGUUCUGUCAUUCUGAUCCCCUUUAGGGUUCAUUUCCUACGUAGUUACUGUGCCAAAUGUGUUCCUGCCGUCCCAGAGUUUAUAAAAUGUAUACAAUACCGUGA